AUGAGGUGUCGCCUCAUUUUUUGUCUGCUUGUCGCCUCAAUCGUUGGCGGUUAUGCCACCGAAUGGGACGCCUACAAUUUUCCGAAUCCCACCGCCGGACAAUUUCGAGAAUGCAAAAUGGACAAUUCAGCCAACAUCUGCGAUCCGGAUGAGGUUCUCGACAAAAAAAUGCGAUAUCGACUUGAUCACGAUUUGAGGCAACUCGAAAGUCGAACGAGACAGGACAACGCGCGAACAUUUUGCGACAAGAAGGGCGUGACGGCGGCGAUGGCGAUCGCACGACACGUCAAAGGCGGCACCACCGAAGCCGUCGAGACGAUGGCCAACGAUAUGCUGCGCAAAUGGACGCUGGAUGCUCAAUGCAAGAAGGCGGUCGUCAUUGUCGUCUCGACCGACGACAUGAAAUUCUGGGUGGCUCGCGAUGACAAGGUUCCCGUCUACGCCGAUGAGUUCACACAGUUGUUCAUGGAGCAGAGGAGUCUAUUCCAACAGAAAAACUAUCAGCAAGCGUUGACCAAUAUUCUUCGUGGAACAUGGCAAAAAGCACUCGAAAAACAAGGCUCACCUCGUCAGCCGUCCGGCGGCGGACGCGGCGGACCGUCGCCACCAUAUGGUGGUGGCGGCGCCAAAGGUCCCGCCUUCAAGAUGCCAUCGAUUCCCAGCUGGUUCUGGCUUCUCCUAUUGGGCGUCAUCAUUCCAACGCUGUGCUGUUGCUGUUGCAUCUAUUGUUGCUGCUGUCGAAAGGGCGGCAGCGGCAAUCAGCGGGUGCCCACCAAUGAUCAAGGCGGCGGCGGCGGAUAUCCACCAAUGGGUGGUGGUGGUGGCGGCGGUAGUGGCCGUGGCCGUGGUGGCGGCGGCGGCGGCGGGUUCUCAAGCUUCAUGUCAAGCAUGGGCGGCGCCGGCAUCGGUUCAAUGCUCGGCCGAUUAUUGUCGAACCGGAAUACCGGUGGUGGUGGUGGCGGGAUGCCAAUGGGCGGUGGCGGAGGCAAUCGCGGCUUCGGCAUGGGACAAUACCAAGGGGGCGGAGCUUAUCCAGACGCGCCAGUCUACGAUGAUAAUAAUGGUCAAGGCGGUGGCGGUCUAUAUCCAUCACGUGAGGUCAAAGAUCGCGGCGGCGGCGGAAGUUGGGCCUAA